GCCGCCCGGCCGAUGCUCCCGGAGCCAUGGACAAGAUCCUGGAGGGGCUGGUGAGCUCGUCGCACCCGCUGCCGCUGAAGCGGGUGAUCGUGCGGCGCGUGGUGGAGUCGGCGGAGACGCCGCUGAGCCAGGCGCAGUGCCGCGCCAUGUUCGCGCUCGGCACCCGGCUGGUGCUGCAGGGCCCCGACCCCUUCCAGCGCCAGGUGGGCCGGCAGGUGCUGGACGCCUACGGCCGCUUCCACCGCGCCGAGUUCGAGGCGUUCUUCAACCGCGGGCUCGUCCUGGGCCUCCUGCAGCGCGGCUACGGCGAGCUGAGCAACCGCGACCCCGCCAUCCUCGACUACAUCCAGGCGGGGCUGCGCCUCAUCAUGAGCUGCCCCUCGGUGCUGGAGCUCUUCGAGCUGCUGCAGGUGGAGGCGCUGCGCCUGGUGUGCGAGCGCCCGGCGCCGCCGCUCUGCGCCCGCCUCUGCCAGCUCCUGGGGGACUUCCCGCAGUGCCUGCCCCGCGGCAGGAAGCUCUCGCUCGCCUUCUGCCAGCAGCUGGUGCGCAGCAUCGCGCACUUCCAGAGCCAGGGCACCCGGGAGGCCGAGCUGCGCCUCUACGUGUCGCAGGUGACGCAGGUCAGCGCGCUGCUGCGGAGCGUCUGGAAGGCAGAGCCCGACACGCUGCUGCCCUCCCUGCAGGAGCUCUUCGCCGUCAUCUCCGCCGCCGAUACUUCCUUCGAACCUUCUGUUGCACUGGCAAGUCUUGUGCAGCACAUACCACUACAGAUGAUUACAGUACUCAUCAGGAGCCUUACCACAGAUCCAAAUGUGAAAGAUGCAAGUAUGACUCAAGCUCUGUGCAGAAUGAUUGACUGGUUAUCCUGGCCUCUGGCUCAGCAUGUGGAAACAUGGGUGAUUGCACUGCUGAAAGGAUUGGCUGCAGUCCAGAAAUUUACCAUCCUCAUUGAUGUCACUCUGCUUAAGAUCGAAUUGGUCUUUAAUCGACUUUGGUUUCCUCUAGUGAGGCCUGGUGCCCUUGCUGUCCUUUCGCACAUGUUACUUAGUUUUCAGCAUUCUCCAGAAGCUUUUCAUUUGAUUGUCCCACAUGUGGUCAGUUUGGUUCACUCCUUCAAAAGGGAUGGCUUGCCUUCCAGUAGAGCCUUUCUGAUGCAGUUGUCUGAGUUGAUACACUGUAUGAUGUAUCAUUAUUCAGGAUUUCCAGAACUCUAUGAACCCAUUCUGGAAGCUAUUAAGGAUAUGCCCAAACCCAGUGAAGAGAAGAUUAAGAUGAUUCUCAGUCAGAGUGCUUGGACUUCUCAAUCCAGUUCUUUGCCAUCUUGUUUAUCUAGACUUUCUGGAAAAUCUGAAACUGGGAAGACAGGUCUAAUAAAUUUAGGAAAUACUUGCUACAUGAACAGUGUUAUUCAGGCACUUUUUAUGGCUACAGAUUUCAGAAGACAUGUUUUAUCUCUGAAUCUAAAUGGCUGUAAUUCACUAAUGAGAAAAUUACAGCAUCUUUUUGCAUUUUUGGCCCAUACACAGAGGGAGGCAUAUGCUCCUAGAAUUUUCUUUGAAGCUUCCAGGCCACCAUGGUUCACCCCUCGAUCCCAGCAGGAUUGCUCAGAAUACCUCAGAUUCCUGCUAGACAGACUGCAUGAAGAAGAGAGAACUUUGAAAGCAUUGUCUUCAGCAAAGAGUUCUGAAAGUAUAAUGAAUGAAGAGUCCCAGGCACAAGAAACUGUCCACAAAACACAAGUAUUUGCUGAAGCACCUUGUAUGGGAAGUGAAGAAAGAACUCUGAUAGAGAAGAUGUUUGGAGGAAAAUUGAAGACCACCAUAUGCUGUUUGAACUGCAAGAGUAUGUCUCAAAAGGAAGAGGCUUUCACAGAUCUCUCUCUGGCUUUCUGUCCUCCAACUUCCUUGGAGAAUGGCCCAAAAUGUAUGGAACAUUCUGAAGUGAAAGACGACUACGUGGUGCAAACUAAUACUUUAGCAACUAGUCCUGCUGCAGAAACACCUCUCAAUAAUUUGGAUGUAAAUAGCAGAUGUGACACGAUAAUGAAUGAAGGAACCAUAGAAGAUUUUUCUACUGAGCCAAACUCUGAGAACACCACAAUUUCUGAACUCAAACAAGUUCAGACUAAUAGGGAUAUGUCUCAGACUCUUGUAGGUAAAAGCACCCUGUCGGUUACAGACUUACUCAAUUAUUUUCUGGCACCUGAGAUCCUUAGUGGAGACAAUAAGUAUUAUUGUGAAAAGUGUGCCUCUCUACAGAAUGCUGAGAAAACUAUGCAAAUCAUUGAGGAACCUGAAUACCUCAUUCUCACUCUUUUGAGAUUUUCAUAUGAUCCAAAGUGUCAUAUAAGGCGUAAAAUCUUGGACAAUGUGUCUCUACCACUUGUUUUGGAACUGCCAGUCAAAAGCAUAACAUCCCCUUUAGCAGUAGUUUCAGGAGGUUGGUCUGUUGGUGUGGAGAUUUCUGAUACUGGAGAAAAUCUUGCUAAAAAACUGAAGCCCUCAGGUGCUGAUGAAGUGACCUGCCCACAACUGGUGCCCUACGUGCUAAGUUCUGUGGUAGUGCACUCUGGUGUAUCCUCUGAAAGUGGACAUUACUAUUCCUAUGCUAGAAAUGUUUCUGGGUCAGGGCCUUCAGGGCUCUGCCACCAGUCUACAGCUCUUUCUUUAGUUUCUCCUCAGGAUAAGUUGUUGACAGAGGAGAGUCCUUGUACUGUCGUAGAAAAUGAGCUGGACACUGAGAUGCCAAGAGAAUGGUUUCUGUUCAAUGACAGCAGAGUGACAUUUACCUCAUUUCAGUCAGUCCAGAAAAUCACCAGUAGAUUUCCAAAGGACACUGCUUAUGUUCUGUUUUACAAAAAGCAAAAUAGCACCUGUGGCUUCAGCAGCAAUCCGGCAAAUGGACUCUGGGUAAAUGGAGACCCUCCUCUACAAAAGGACCUCAUGGAUGCAAUUACAAAAGAUAACAAACUGUACUUGCAGGAGCAAGAGCUUAGUGCUCGAACACAAGCACUUCAAGCUGCUUCAGCCUCGUGCUCUUUCCGACCCAAUGGAUUUGAUGACAACGACCCCCCUGGAAGUUGUGGACCCACAGGUGGAGGAGGAGGGGGUGGGUUCAGUACCGUUGGUAGAUUAGUCUUUUGACUACGAAGACAACCUGGAAUACACUGGUUCCAAAGCAGCCCAGUACUGCUGAGGGCAAAUAAAAUAUUGAACUUUGUCAGAUAUUGUACCAAUUUUUGAGACUUGAUCCUCGUUGAAAAGCAGAUGUUGGUGUUUUUUUUGGUUAUGUUUUAUUUGAAAUAAAUAAGCGCAUAAUGGAGAAAAACUACCUCUUAAAAAUUCAGUUGCUUUCAUAGUAAGAUAUGCUUGCCCAAAAGAGAGAAAAUUAAGAUUUUUUAAGUAGUUGCUAAUGACAUUGCAUUAAACUGAACAAAUGCACUUACAUCAGUUUCUCUUGUCCUCAUCCACUGAAUGAAGAAAGUUCAUUUUUUACUCUGAUGGUAUUGCUUUAUGUGGAAACCCAUUUUCACAUGGGCUAAACUGCGUCAUGUAGUCUCUCACCCCCAGCUUUGUGGAUUUUCAGAGAUGAUGCAAUUUAUAAUGAAGGCAAUAACUUUAAUGUGACAUGAUACAGUACUUUCCAGGUUAAAAAUUAUUCAGUCUAUUUCCAGUGUAAAUGAAAGUAAGAUAAAAUAAUUUAUACAUAUUUGCUAAGUUGUUAUCCAAAAAAGUGCAUGUUGUGUAGGAACAAUGUUUUUAAAUAGAAACUGUUGACUUUGUAGCAUUUUUAAUUGUUUUGAAGAUUUUAAAAUUAUUUCAGGGAAUAUAUCUGCUGUGUGUUGGAAAGGAAGAGAUUCUGUAUGUGCCUUGCAGUACUGUAACUUAAAACAAACUUUCUGAGGCUGCAGAAAAUGAGAAAAGUGUGUUACUAGUCAAUUAUUUUUUGUCAGUAUUAGAAAUCAAGACAUUUAUAGAAAGCUUUUAAGUUUUCGGAAGUAAAAAUCUGGUAGUUUGAAAUGCAUUAAGUGUUGCCCUUUAUUUUUUGAUUUAAAAAAAAAAUUGCAUACCUAGUGAUCUCUAACUUUUAUGGCCUGCACUACUAAGAAAAAACUGGUCAUAAAUACAAAGCAGUGUUUGUGAAGUUGCAGAAAGGCUGCCUGUAUUGAUCUUUGCUGAGGAGCUGUGCUUCUAAGAGUCCUUUGAAGUCUUGCCUUCAGGUUUUGCUUGUAGUGAGAAGUUUCUGGUGAGUUCAGGAUUUUUUUUUUCCUAUCUGCAGAAGCCCCAAAAUGAUUCUGCCUAUGGAGCAGUGUUUGCUUGCUCAUUAGACCAGCAGAGAUGGAGGAUCCACUUUUUUAAGUCUUGGCAGAAAUAACAACUUUGUUUUUUAUGUGCAAUGAGGAUAACAGAAGCAAAGGAGUUACACUGUCAAACCUGGUGAUUAAUUCUUAACUUGAAUAAUCUUAGAGUGAAGUGUAAAUUUCUUUAAAGUAUUUUUACAAAAUUCUGCACUGUUUUGCUGUGUUUUUUAUAUUCUACUAGGUGAGAAGGUAUGUCCUUAAAAAGCAUGCAGACCUGGCAGGUUUUAGCUUAACUAUAUAAAAAUAAAUUUCUUAGGAAAUGCUUUAAAAAGCAUAAAGUAAGUUGGGAAACUGAAAUCUUGUUCAUAUGAUUCUAAAAAUAUGGAGUUUAGUCUGAAAGGUAACUUAGCUUGCAAGCUAUUUUUAUAUUAUCACUAAAACUAUGCUAUUUACUCUACUGUAGGUUCAUAUGUUACUGCUCAACAAAGCCAGAGCAGCUCACUUUGAUUUUUUUAAUACUUUCCAAGCUUUGUUGUGACGGUUUGUGAUAUCUUGGCUUUGACCUACGCUUUUCGUUGCUAUCUCAGUUGUAGGUCUCUGAACCAGGGGUUCAACUGUGGAAAUGUAGAAUGUUUUGAGUCCAGCAUGAGGAACGUUUUCAUUUUGUUGUACUUGGACGAGGUUUUCUUGAAAGCUCACUUUGCCUUGAAAUUCUUUCAGUCUGAGAGGGUUUUUUAUUGCCUUUUAGGCUCCUCUGCCAGUUAACUCUGGUUCUAAAAUGUUUUAUAUGACAGGUUAAUUUGGCUUUCCUCUCCCAGAUUGUGAGGACACACUAAAAAGUUGACUACUGUUUGCAUUACAAUGAGAGUAUUUUGUCUCUCUUUCAAUUUACUAUUCAUUUUAAAACACUAUGAAGUAGAAGCAGGGGCAAGUGGUUUUACUCUAUAUGAAAUCAUGAUUUUGUAAAGGUCAGUUUUGUUUUUAUGUUCUCACAGUAAAAAUAUAAAUUAUGUAGCCUACCUAAAAAUAACAUGCAGAAUGAGUUUGUAUACCUGUUGUACUAUAUUUAUUUCAUGAGCUCUUAGAAGGCUUUCUACACCCUUGUUUGCCUGUCCUAAAUUAGAUGUUAAAUAUGGAAAAUUUAUAUGAGAGUAAUGUCAAUCAGGUUGGAUCUGUUUAGGUACAAAAUGAUGGGUGUCUCAAACUGAAAACAACUUCUUUCUUUCCCCUUGUUGACUUUUGUUGAUGGAGUUACUUGGGGUUUUACAAGUAGAUCCUAAAACUCAGAAUAUCUACUUCUAAGUCUGUUUGCUGACCUGACAGCCGUCGUACUGGCUGAUUAGUCAGACCUAACUUGGAAGGUUUCAAUAAACUUGGUGGAAGUGGAGAAGUAUUUCAUGCUCUGAAAUGUACACCCUUUUUCAUUGUUGACAGUAAUGGUGUUGCAUGCCUCUAUCUUCUGGACAUAAUAUGAGAGAACAAUGUACAUAUGGUACUUCGAUUUCUGUUGCCUGUGAAUGAAUGCUGGAUGGUUUGUUUAUUGACCUUUUUGGCCCCAUUCCUAAUUUGUUUUCUAAAUUGAAUCCAUAGAAAGAUAUGAAAUACAUAAGACUGUUUCUGAAGCUUAGGGGUUUUUUUGUUGUUUCCUGUCAUGAAAGGUACAUGUUUGUACCAAACUCAAAGGUGGUAUGUCUUUUAAAAUCAUAUUUCCUUUUAACAAGACAAAUUGUGAUUUCGUCUUUGUUUUAAUGGUCACUGGAGUUGUAUUGACUUUCUUCUGUGCAGUUCACUUUGUACAGUUUUUUCAUGUGGAGCGUUACAGUGGAUUGCUGUGCAUGUCACCUCUGCAGCCAGUGACGACAAUAACUACAAGCCCAUUUUUCCAGGAUGAGGAGAGAAGGCUUCUUUGGAUAGCUAAACAAAUCACACCUUCUGACUAGCUUUUUUCCCUCCUGUGUUUUCUUCCCUUGUUCUCUUCUCUGAAAGUUAAAUAUUUUAUCUUCUGCAUGCCUGGAAGUUUAAUUUCAUGGGUAAGCCCCAAUUUAUUUUUUUUAAUCUGUAGCAGUGUGGUUGUUUAUGGGAUCAGAGUACUACUUUUUUAGUGACAGGCAAAGGACAGAAGCUAUGAGCUAGAAGAGUGUUAGAACAAAAGCAAGUAGCUAUAAACUUUCUGUAAAUAAGAUUUAGAUUAAAAACAAAAUUCCUAAUUACUAGAACUAAUUCUGGAACAACCUUCUGGGCAGAGACCUGCUUUGAAGGAAGAGCCAAGUGUAUCUAUGAAAGAAAUGAAAUGCAAAGUGAUGUCUGAGUAGAAGGCAACUAGACCUGAUAAACCAGAGGUCCCUUCUAGUCCCUUCCUAGAGUUUUGCUCUUCUAUUGUGCUUCCUGUCUUGACACAUUGCCAGUUUUCUUUUUAAAGCUCAGAGAUUAAAGUGUAAAUGAAGGGAAUACCAAACUGUGACAUAACAACAACAAAGGUUGACUGCUCAGUUCUGGGUAGUGUUGGUGUCUGAUUUACGGGAAUGAGGCAUAAAAGUUAUCAAGUCACGGCAGGUGGAAUCUAGGAAUGUUUGUGAUCCAAAGAAAUGUGCUCAGUUUCUAACACAAGGCUGAUUCCCUGGUUAACAAUCUACAAUGAGAUGUAAUGGGUUGUACCCCUUGGUAUCUUCAGUAGGCUGUAAUCAAAUGUAAAUUACUGGACUUUUUCCAAGGGUGAGCAAAUGAUCUGUGGUGUGAACGAGAUCAAAAUAGACAGCCUUCAAGGCUUUCAUGUUCAAACCAUCAUAGGCCUACCUAAAUCUGAAUUCCUAGCUAUGAGUAGUAUGCUCUUAAAUCACAGAGGUGUUGGGUCAGAUUGAACAGCUGAGAACUGAAAAUUGUGUGAUGCUGUUUGCGUUGUGUCCAACACUGUUUGUUCUGUGUGGACUUGGGAGCAAGUGAGUAUCCCUGUUUUACCAGGUGGGUUUUGGAGACUUGGCCUGGGAGUUGAGCUCCAGCUGUGAUGUGUAGUGUGGCACUGGCUUACUACACACGCUUUUUAUGUGUUUUAAGUGCACACGCAUCCCCCCAUUCACUGUGAGUCUUGCUUCUGCUUGAAUGAAAGCAUCCAGAUCAAAGGGAGGGCAAACAAAACUAGCCAGAGUAAAGCAGAGAUUAACAUUUUUAAAUAUAAUAUGCUGCUUUCUUAUUUAAAACAGAAGGAUUUGGGGUUUUUUUUUAUAAGUGUGCUGGAUUCUAGACAGGAAUGUGGAUUCAGGAUACACUUUUCUUGUUUCUUUUUUUGAAGGUAAUAUUUUUAGGAAUCAGUUGUAAAAGUGCUGGAAUAUGUCAAAAUGCACAACCUUCAAUGUUAAUAAAACGCCACCUUGGUGAACAGCAUGCUACCACACACACUGAAAUGCUGGGAUACUUGCUGGCUGGCUUCCCCAGGCACCAACUGGGAAGAACAGCUGCUGCCUGUGAACCGUGCCCUGCUGGGUGGCCAUGGGAGACCUGCACCAUCAUCUGCAUCUGUGGGUGGCCGGAGGUGCUGGAGUGCUGCCUCAGCAUCUGUGUGCAGCAAAGGCCUCGAGGGGAGCCCGAACAGCCACUGCUCGGGUGCCAGCUCAAGAGGGGCACAGUCCCCAAGCUCCUCAGUGGCACCUCCAGGCCCAGGGUGGGUGAUGUGGGGACCCCAAGCAGUGCUGGCAGAGCAGCACCUCUGCCAGGCAGCCAGUGGUGGUGGGUGUGUGGGUGCUCACGGCGUCGGUGUGUGGGAAGGGGGUUUAGGGGUGAGGAGGAGCUGGCACUGAACUGAAAUGUGACUACCAAACUGCACAAGUGACAGGGUGGCUCCAGUCUCAUGUAGAAGCUGCAUAUGUUUUAAUGGUAACUUCACUGCUGUACGAUUGUAACUUCAGUGUGAUUCCACCAAAGGAUACUUUUUCGACAGUGCUUUGUGUUCUCCAAGCCUGAUCUUUCCAAAAUUUCCAUUGCGUCCUUAUAGCUGUGAUAUUUUGAAGGAAAAAUAUCUCAAUAGGCAUAUUGAAAAUAUGGUCCUGAGGAGAGUAUUUCAGAUUGAUAUUAAAAAAUUAAUUCAGCAACAGGAUAUGUGAUUGUGCAAGCAGCUGCAAUAUCAGCAUCCUUGAGGCCAGUGGUCUCCAAAAUUUUUCUGAUUGCACACCCCUAUCAAUAAAAACUUCUAAGUGUGCAGCCAGUGUAUGUAUAUUUAUUCUUAAUUUAUGUGUGUACCACUGUUCUAAUAUAUUAUGUACAUACCCAAGAGUAGAAAUUGAAAAAGUAUGAGAGGAAAAUGAAAUAAAGACUAUUUUUAAAUUA